AUGAACCCGGUGAUCGAGGGAUCAGAAGUCCGCGCACUCGUGUCUCAGAUGGACGAGCGACCCGACGCGGCCGCUUUUGUCUACAGCUACGCAGCCGUCACUCUUUUCCUGACGCGGACGGUGCCGGUCGACCAAACACCGACGGAUCGCGAGCGCAUUGCAGCCUUCGUGGCGCGCUCGGUAGAGCAUCACCGGUCUCCGGGCAUGGACUCGCAGCCGUCCAUCGUCGAUGUCAUGACGGACAUCUUCGUCCAGAUCUGUUUCAUCGGGCUACGGCGGCUUGAGCUCGGAUUUCUCUACCUACGUCAGGCGAUUUCCCUUCUGUACCUGCUCAAGGUCGAUUCCGAGGACGCGAUGAACGCCCUGGACCCCCGCGAGCGGGCUCGCUACCACCGCGCCUACUGGGAAUGCUUCAUCCACGAGCGGUUCACGUCCGUGACAUGCUACAAGCCAACCUGUCUGCAGCCGCUGCGCGAGCUGCCCGAGCACGACGCGUCGGUGCCGCACCACGUCGAGGACGGGUUCAACUGCACGAUCCAGAACUUCCUCCUCAUCAACCGCGAGUUCCUGGACUUCUGGCUCGGCGACCGAUCGGCCGUCACGCUCGGCUGGGUCGAGCAGCAGCAGCAGCAGCUGGAAGACCCGGAGUGGUACCGCAAGGUCCUGCAGCUGCCUCUGAUCCAGCAGGCGGAUCUCAUCGUCACGCGGCACUGGAUCCAGACGCUGACCUGGCAGAUCGCGCUGUCGAACUUUCUGCUGUCGUCGUCUGCGCCGUUCCCGCUGCUGUCCGUCUCGUUCCCGCUGCGUCUCUCGAACGAGCUCCAGUCGUUUCUGGCGCAUCUGCCCGGGAAUUACAUCGUUGGCUUUCACGGGUCCGGCAUCCUCGAGAAGCUGCUGGAGAUUGCUAAUACCAUUGCCGACGUGGUGCUGCAGCUGGACGAUGUGUUUCGGGAUGACACCGUCUCGAGGAUCAACGACGUUGUCUUUCUCAAGAAGCUGCUGCUUUCCUUUCCGGGGUUCGCGGACCUACAGACUUCUAUCUUGACGGCCAAGUUGGAGGCGAUUAGUGAGAAAUACCCGGUUAUGGAAUUCGGCUGA